UAAACACUUGCAAUGCAUGAGUGAACUUCAACUGUCAAAAGUGGAGGACACAUUAGCUUUUGAGCUGGGCGGUUUCCAAUUAUCAACAUCACCUUUGUACGUGAUCGCACACCAAGACGCUGUAGGUGUGAUCGAGGCGCAAUUUGUGCUCAAAGCGCUGGAUUGCACGGAGGCUGACGAUCGGGAGGGAUAACGAGUGUCGUCCUAGAAGUGAACAAGUUCUAGGCUGUUUUGGGGGCCGAUUGUUGCCAAUAUGUCCAGGAAUCCCACAUUUGUGAGUCCAUUCCACAGACCCCACUGUUUGGCCGCCGCCGCCGCUCCCCCAGCAGGAAAAGCCAAACUCACCCACCCUGGCAAAGCCAUUCUAGCAGGUGGUAUUGCUGGAGGAAUAGAGAUCUGUAUUACAUUCCCUACAGAGUAUGUGAAGACUCAGCUGCAGUUGGAUGAGAAGGCCAACCCUCCCAGAUAUAAAGGCAUUGUUGACUGUGUGAAGCAGACGGUAGAUGGUUAUGGGGUGAGGGGUCUGUACAGAGGGCUCAGCUCAUUGCUCUAUGGCUCCAUACCCAAAGCAGCUGUCAGGUUUGGUGUGUUUGAGUUCCUCAGUAAUAAGAUGCGUGAUGAGAGUGGGAAGCUGGACAGUACCCGGGGUCUUCUCUGUGGGCUGGGAGCUGGAGUGGCUGAGGCUGUGGUGGUGGUCUGCCCCAUGGAGACGGUCAAGGUAAAGUUUAUCCAUGACCAAUCGUCAGCCAACCCAAAGUACCGGGGAUUCUUCCAUGGAGUCAGGGAGAUCGUCAGAACAGAAGGUCUGAGGGGGACGUACCAGGGUCUGACAGCCACGGUACUGAAACAGGGAUCCAACCAGGCCAUCCGCUUCUACGUCAUGACAUCUCUAAGGAACUGGUACAAAGGUGAAGAUCCUAACAAGGCCAUUAACCCUCUGGUCACGGGAGCAUUCGGAGCCUUCGCUGGAGCUGUCAGUGUGUUUGGAAACACUCCUCUGGAUGUCAUCAAAACCAGGAUGCAGGGUCUGGAGGCUCACAAGUACAAAAGCACCCUGGACUGUGCCGUCAAGAUCAUGAAGCAUGAGGGACCUAAAGCGUUCUAUAAGGGUACAGUCCCCAGGCUGGGCAGGGUGUGUAUGGACGUAGCCAUCGUCUUCAUAAUCUACGAGGAGGUGGUGAAGGUCCUUAACAAAGUUUGGAAGACGGACUGAGAUCACGUGUCCGUGACAACCAGUGGAGUGGAGAACCCCCGGCAGGGCGGGGCUAUGGCCUGAUUCCAAACCCAAUCCCUCUGCCCUUUCCUUAGGUUAUCCAUGACUUGCUACCUCCUUACAGAUCUGACAUGGCUGGUUAUAUUUCAUUACAAAAAAGUUGGUCUCUGUCCGCUGCCAUUGUUUGCUUAGUCAGUUGGAAUGAAAUGCAGCCAUGAUAGGUGUAAACAAUCUGGGGAUGAGUGCACUUCGCCUAUGAUCCUAUUGGGGAUACUACUAUCAUAUUGUUUAUACCUACAUCCUCUGUUCUUCUUUAUAUCCACAGGGGGGAGUGAGCAAGGGCACAUGGGUAGGUUGAGGGAUUUGGCCUAUAUGACUGGAAUAAUGGGAACACUGUAUCAUUCCAGAGAAGUGUCUUAGACCGACAGUGCUUCAGUUCACUAAUGGCUAUUAUUAACAUCUUAUGUUGUACAUUAACAUUCAUCAAAGAUGAAACAAUACUUAUAGCUAAAACCCAAUAUAAUGUGAUGUAAAUCAAAGGAAAAAACUUGAAAUGAGAGAGGAGGAGGAUCAAAGGCUUUUAACUCCAAAGACCAUGUUGUAUAUUUAGCAUGAUGGUGUGACCCAGUGAAAUGGGUCUGGUAGAGAAGUGGAGGCCGUCGUUCAUACACAUGAUAGCACGACAACAGACAUGCCUGUUCACGUGUCACAUGGGUGUUGUUUUCCAGGUUUAAUGCAGGUCUGAAAUUUAGCUGCUUUACAUACCUGAGUGCAAUUACAACACAAUGCCUUAUAUAUCAUUAUAUUCAGAGAUAUCUUUAUGGUAGAGAGCUACUAAUAUGUACAGUGCCGUGAAAAAGUAUUUGCCCCCUUUCUGAUUUUCCCUAUUUUUGCAUAUUUUUUUAUACUGAAUGUUAUCAGAUCUUCAACCAAAAGGGAACCUGAGUUUUCAAAUAACAAAAAAUAUAUACUUAUUUAACAUCUUGCAUACUGGGACUUCUAAUUUUGCGAGGGGUAGCAUUUUGUGGUCUCGCCUAGGGCGGCAGAAAAGCAAGGACUGGCCCUGCUUCCAAGAGUCUUGAUGAUCUUCCAGGUGCUUUUUGGCAAACUUGUCAACUUUUUGGAGGACAUGGGUCUGUAUAUGCCUAGCAAAAACCAAACCAGCCAUUCCACAGUAAGAACCUUACACCAACGGUCAAUCAUAGGAGUCUAGGUGUAAUUUAGAUUUUGGCCACCAGAGGCAGCAGGGGUUCAAACUGUAGAACCCA